AUGCAGGAAAACACUAGCGGAUCUGCUACAGCAGAGCCAGAAUUGGAUAUUGCGUCUUCCAAUGUUGGAGGAAGUUCCUUGGAUAUGAAUGAUAUCAAGCAGGGAAUACCUCACACUGCGGAAGAACAUCUCUCUCCAUUAGAUGACACGAAUUCAGAUGACUCAAAGCUUGUCAUAGACGUCUCUGAGGAAGAUGACGAGUUGAUCAACAGUAACGAUGGCAAAUUUACUAUUCAAUGUGCUGUGCCUGAAGAAGACUCUUCGCCGUACUCCACUUGGCCUCCUAAAGAUACGGAGGCUACGCCGACAUUAAUUGAGGCACGAGAUGAAGCAGCUACCCCCUCGGAUAUUCAAGUUCUAAGGAGCAAAGGAAUUAAACGGAAGAUGGAAACGUCCAGCGAGCAGCAGCAACCAACAACGUCAUCAUCGUCGGCUCUCAACUUUUUCAACACCGCUCUCGAUUGCUCCUUGUAUAGAAGCAAAAUUAGCAAAGUUCCGCACCCCGGCGGCACAACUACAGGUGUUUCACCUCGCGGCAAUCGCGAUGUUUUGCCACUUAUGAAUUCCGGACCACUGCCAUCCAUGGGGCGCGCUCCGUUGCUCGCUACGCCGGUUGCUCCACCUACGAAUGCAUAUGGGUAUGGACUCCCGAUGCCUCAGUCACCAUUCAAUUGUGUCAAUGAGGGUCUCAAUCCCCCAAUGGGUAAUAUGCCUCCAAUGAAUUAUGGAGUACCCUUCUAUAACCAGGAGCCUACUGGAACCUAUCUUGCACAAACUCCUAUUACUGGCCAACCAAGUAUUUCCGCUAUGAACAUGAAUACUCCCGGCAACUAUCUCGGUACUCUUUCCAGCUCUAUUCCAACGAAUUAUUUCGUCGGCAGGAACGAAGUUUACAGUGCAAAGAUAAGCAAUGACUUGGUGCCAGUGAUGCACGUAGUAGAUCGAACGGACAUUUUGUCAUAUGGGAUGAUGGCAGUCUGA